GCUUAAUUAUAUAAAAAAAGCUAUCCUAGUGCUUAUAUACAAUACACACUUGUUUGUGCUCGUGGUUAAUAGCUAGCUAGUAGUAGUAGUAUACACCAAGCAGCCAUGGCCAAACAGUCUCUUCUCCUGGCCAUCCUAUUCGUGGCCUGUAUGCUGGAGGCCAACUCAAAAAUAGCUGCAGCUUCGACAGCUUACGACGUUCUACAGCAGAACAACUUGCCGCAGGGGCUGUUACCGCUUGGCGUGAAGUCAUAUGUCCUCAAGGGCAGCGCUUUGUCUGUGAGUCUCGGCAGGGAGUGCAACUUCUUGGUCACUGUUGGUGGCAAGCAAUUCAAGUUCAGGUACGCCAGCACCGUCAGCGGGGUGAUCAAAUCUGGCUCCAUCACUGGCGUGAAUGGCGUGCGCCUACAGGUGGAGUUCGCGUGGCUCGGGGUCAACCAAGUCAGUCGCGCUGGUAACCAGAUCACUAUCCAGCUGGAGAAGUCCUCCCAGUCUUUCCCUGUCAGCGGUUUUUCACAGAGCCCCCGGUGCACCUGAUCAGUCUCUAAUUUCUGAAGCAGCAUUUGUGGAGUAGUACAAGUGCUUGCCAAUAGUUUUGUUCAUCCUUCAUGCAUGUGUUUCUUAGGCUCAUAUAUAUGCUGCUUAUAUGGAGUGAUUAUAAUAAUAAAGUAGAGUGUUUUCCAGUAAA